AUGGAGCACGUGCUGGGCGACCUGGACGGCAAGACGGACGUGCUGCGCUUCGUGGUGGGCUUCCUGCGCUUCCGCGACUGGCAGAACCUGUCGUCCUGCAGCCGCUCGCUGGCCGCCUCGGACCUGCGGCGCUUCGUGCUGGCGCAGGGCGUGCUGCGCGUGCCCCCGCCGCCGCUGACCCGCGGCCGCAUCCGCUCGGACGCGCUGCCCGCCGCCAGCUACUACGCCGACAGCUUCCUGCGCCACAUGGAGCCCGACCUGCUGCGCUGCGUCACGAGCGUCAAGGUGCCGCGCACGGGCAUGCACCUGCUGAGUCUGCUGCGCGUGCUGCCGGCGCUGCGCUCGCUGCGCUUCUGGGACUACCCGUACUGGACGCCCGAGGAGGACGAGCCCCAGGACGAGGAGCCCGCCAUCAACGUGGCCGCCGUGCUGCAGCUGCUGCCCUCGCUGCAGGAGCUCAACGUGGCGGACGCCGACGUGACCCUGGCGGAGCUGCUGGACAUGGCUACACCCAGUCCCGUUGCUGGAGUGCAGCCCAGCGGCGGCUGGAGCCUGCGCGCGCUGGACCUGGCGGAGACCGACGUCGUGGACCUGGCGCCGCUCGUGGUGCUGCCGCAGCUGCAGUCGCUCAGUGUGAGACGCACCAACGUGGUGACGCUCGCGGUGCUGGAGGCGCUGCCCGAGCUCCACGUGCUGGACGUGUCCGAGACUAGGACGCUGGACAUGAGCAAGAACUGGGUGUCCACGGACCUGAGCGUGCUGCAGCAUCUCACGGCGCUGCGGUCGCUCAAGGUGACGAACAUCGGCGCGUCGGACUCGCUCGAGUUGACGCUCAAGUGCCCAGAGCUGGAGAUCCUGCACCUGCAGAACACGCGGCUGACGGACUUGGAGUUUGUCCGGGAGCUGCUGAACCUCACGUACCUGGACAUUCGAUGGACGCACGUCGGGGAUCGACGCCCGCUGGCGGCGUUGGAGCAGCUGGAGCAGUUGUUGCUGGACACUAGGGAACGAGGAGCGCCGCCGACGGCCGAAGAGCAAGAGUUACCGGUGCCCACUGCUAAUUAUGAGUGGCUCAGCAGUCUGCACAAGCUGAAGAAGCUGAGGAUGUACAAGCACAACUACCAGGACGAUAUCGCCGAUGUGCUGCGCGAAGACGUUGAAGAGAGGGGAGCCACGGUCGUCGCUACACGAGGACUCACAAUCCCCAUGGCGCACCGCGUACCGAGUGCGUUCCUGAAAUAUGCGAGCAGAGAGGGCGCGCUGAACUCGCUGGAGUUGCCGCCUCUUGUGGACUAUUCGCCGCUGAGUUUGAUGUCAACAACGCUACGGCAUCUGCGACUGCAGCAGUGGUGUGCAGACGACUUGGCACAGAUCGUGGCGCUGGGCGAGAUGCCAGCACUCACGAGGCUGUCCAUGUCGCUGCCUCCUACAGCACAAGUCAUGGAUCUGCUCCCGCUGGAGGGUUUCGUGCAGCUCAAGCAGCUCGAGCUGCUCGACGUGCUGUUCGAAGACCUCACACCUCUGGGCGCGCUCGUGAACCUGGAGAAGCUCGUGCUGUCUCUGCCUGACCGCGGCAAGCGGCAGCUCGCGCGCCGUCACAAGGAUCACCAGACUACCUUCGAGUUCCUCGUAAAUCUUACGCAGCUUCAGGAACUAUCGCUGGUUGGUCGUGUGGACUUUAAAGGCGCUUCAUUACUGUCCGGAAUGGACAAGAUGCGGAAACUGUGGCUGAACGCGACAAAGGUGGAGGACGCUGCGCCUUUGGCCACGCUGACCCGCCUGGAGAUGCUCGAUUUGGGCCUCACGCCCUUGACGACGGUGGAGGGUAUCCCGAGGCUGCUGGAGCUGGAGUGCAUUUGGAUCCCCGAAGCGGUCGACUGCAAGACGCUGCGUGACCCGAUCAACUUCCCGCGGCUGCACUCGAUCUGGCACCCGGACGACUAUAACUGCCUCUGGACAGACCACAAGUUUUGA